CCCCCACUCUCCGUCCUUCAUCGGAGCUCGACCAAACCGCCAGUUAGAUCCAGUCGCGAACAAUCGAACCGUAGAGACCAGCAAGAGGGAGGCAUGGAGGGGAAGGAAGAGGACGUUAGGGAGGGAGCCAACAAGUUCCCGGAGAGGCAGCCGAUUGGGACAUCGGCCCAGAGCCAGGACGGGCGGGACUAUGCCGAACCCCCGCCGGCGCCGCUCUUUGAGCCCUCGGAGCUGACGUCGUGGUCCUUCUACCGGGCGGGGAUCGCCGAGUUCAUGGCCACGUUCCUGUUCCUGUACAUCACCAUCUUGACCGUGAUGGGCGUAGUGAAAGCCCCUACCAAGUGCACGACGGUCGGAAUUCAAGGCAUCGCUUGGGCCUUCGGAGGCAUGAUCUUCGCUCUCGUCUAUUGCACCGCCGGUAUCUCGGGUGGUCACAUAAACCCAGCGGUGACGUUCGGGCUGUUCCUGGGUAGGAAGCUGUCCUUGACGAGGGCCGUCUACUACAUGGUGAUGCAGUGCCUGGGCGCCAUAUGCGGGGCCGGCGUGGUGAAAGGGUUCGAAAAGGCUAGCACGUUCGAGAGGCUGAACGGGGGCGCCAACUUCGUCGCCCAUGGCUACACCAAAGGCGACGGCCUCGGCGCCGAGAUCGUCGGUACCUUCGUGCUCGUUUACACCGUCUUCUCCGCCACCGACGCUAAGCGGAGCGCCAGAGACUCUCACGUCCCUAUUCUGGCCCCGCUGCCAAUCGGGUUCGCGGUGUUCCUGGUGCACUUGGCCACGAUCCCCAUCACCGGGACCGGCAUCAACCCGGCCAGGAGCCUCGGCGCGGCCAUCAUCUUCAACAAUGACCGUGGCUGGGACGACCACUGGAUUUUCUGGGUGGGACCAUUCAUCGGUGCUGCGCUCGCCGCCCUCUACCAUCAAGUGGUGAUCAGGGCCAUCCCUUUCAAGACCCGGUGAUGCCCCCUGAAUCCUCCCCGUCACUUGCCCCGUCAAGGAACAAACCCUAAGAUGAUUGAAAAAAAAGCUGGCGGGCCCGACUUCUUUUGGUUUCUGCCUAUGUGUGUCUGGCAUGUGUUUAAAGAUUUGCGUAAUUUUCAAUAGUGCUUUGCAAAGGCUCUUUUCGCUUUCAACUUUAGCCGAAGGAGGGUCCCCCCCGCAUGACCUGUGGAAUGUAAAGGGGGGUCCAAUCUGUAAGCAGUGCCUUGUAUUAUAUGUGUUUUAUCGUGAAGGUGGUGAUCCGUCACAUCAAAAUAAGUUAUGGUAAAACGAGAAAAAAAGGAAAGAAAAAAAGGAAGAAGGUAUUCUCUUUAUCUCCACCGAGUCGUCCUCAAGCACCAUGGAUCGAUUCCGUCUUGUUGAGUUUUGUUGUCUUCUGUGAUGUGAAAUAUAAUAAUGUGCAGAUCGGAACGCUCGA